GCUCCGGGCAAGGCGCUUUAAAGUCGCCUUCCAGAAAAUUCACUCCCCAGCCUCCGACGGAGCUCCCGGUUGGGCGAGCAGCGGCCGUCCUCCCCGCCCCACCGCCUCCGGGGGAUGGCCAUUGGCCUCCGCGCCCUGCGAGAUCCGCCUUCACGCGCGCCGAUUGGGCGCCAUGUUGGGAAGGUCGCCUUGCUGACGUCCUGCCCCGCCCCGCUGCGGCCUGCGCUCCACUUCCGGCUGCGCGUCGCUUCCCCGCCGUCCGCUUCCGGUCGGGCUCCCUGCCGCCGCAGCCGUCUGGGUUUUGCUUGGAGAGCGUCCAGCAGGCUCGGCUCGUCUCGCGGCCACGUGGCACGGCCCCACCGGCCCGGCGUUCCCGCGCGCCGAGCGCCCUCCACCGCCCCCUGACCUGGGGUCCUCCGAUUCCCCUCCGUGCGAGCGCGGCCUCAUGGCCGGGGCUCAGCGCUUUCGGUUCCGGGAGGAGUCAGGCCCUGGAGCCCACGGGACCGUGCUGGAGGUCCGCGUCCCGCAGGAUUGCAGGUGUGCGCCACCAUACUCUGUUUUGUUCUGUUCUGGCUGUCAAACCCAAGACCUCAUACAUGCUAGGCGAAAGUUGUGCUUCUGAGCUCGUCCUGCAUGUCCAAUAUGGGAUGUAUGUUUGGCCCUGUGCUGUAGUCCUGGCCCAAUAUUUGUGGUUUCACAGAAGAUCUCUGCCAGGCAAAGCUGUCUUAGAGAUUGGAGCUGGAGUGAGUCUUCCAGGGAUUCUGGCUGCUAAGUGUGGUGCUGAAGUCAUACUAUCUGACAGCUCAGAGCUACCCCACUGUCUGGAGAUCUGCCGACAAAGCUGUCAACUCAAUGACCUGUCACACAUUCAGGUUGUAGGGCUGACAUGGGGCCACAUAACCAAGGACCUGUUGUCUUUGCCACCACAAGACAUCAUCCUUGCAUCUGAUGUGUUCUUUGAACCAGAAGAUUUUGAAAGCAUUUUAGCCACAGUGUACUUUCUGAUGCAGAGGAACCCCAAAGCUCAAUUUUGGUCUACCUAUCAGGUCAGGAGUGCUGACUGGUCACUUGAAGACUUGCUCUACAAGUGGGAUAUGAAAUGUGUCCAUGUUCCUCUGGAGUCUUUUGAUGCAGACAAGGAAGAUCUAGCAGAGUCUGCCCUCCCAGGAAGGCAUACUGUUGAAAUGCUGGUGGUCUCCUUAAGGAAGAACAGCUUCUGAGUUGUACCUCUAGCUGUUCGGGGACAGUGUCAAGACUCAGUACACCUGGCAUUAAGAUGAUCCAUCUGCCUGAGAUGUCAUGUACAAGAUACACUCACGGGCAACAACUUUUUAACAAAUUAAAACACUUGAAAAGGACUUAGAUUACUCUCAAUCAUUAACCAGGACACACUCUAGGUCGAGACACCAUUUUAAGACCUCAAGAUGCUACUGAAAGUGUUGGGUUUAGGUUCAUCUAGCAUUCUCCUAGUGAGGGAAAUGGUAUUCCCUCAACAUUUUACCUUUACAUACACUGUAAGGCCAUUAACAAAGUAAUGCAUUGCAUAGGUCUUUAGAUUAAACCGAGGAAAAAAAGACCAAGACAUAUUCUCAAAAAAGCUAACACCAGAAAACACUUUAAUCAAACUACAGAAACAAUGGUUAUAGUACAGAAUAUUCAUAAGCAAAAGAUACACCAUGUUUUUAAGUACUUACAAAGUUACAAACCAUUUGCUUCCUUAAUAUUUUCUGAUUAAGUUCAUACACGAGGAUCAGAUUUACCAUUUUUUGAGGGAGGGGGUGUAUUUAUCAUCAGCUAGAUGUGCUCACUGUAUGCUCCAUUAUUUAUAUGCAAGGCCCGGGUGACUGGAAGUGCAGUUGUCAGGCAUUUUAAUAAACUGGACAGCCAUUUGUUUCUGCACGACAAGGCAUCUUUACACAGGAGCAACCAGGAGAAAACAGGAAACAGCCAAGCACUCUGCACUGCAACACGCCACCUUAACAGCUAACCAGCAUUACUCAACUGCUACACAACUGCGCCUAGUGCACAAAAAUACAUAAGAGAAGAGAUUAGAAUUGUAUUUGGUAAACAAUCCUUCAAAAAAAAAAUAAGUCUUUUCACCUGAAAAGUCUUUAUACAAAUUU